CUUGACAAGAGAUUCGCAUAGUCUAACGUCUUUGUGAUAUUUAUAUCAGGCUUCUUUACUUCGCCAGAUUGUCGCUGGACCAAGGUUACAGCACCCUGAAGCAGGAUUAGAUAUGUGUUAUGUUACGGAUUUCCUCAAUAGUAAUCGCAACAUCUGGUCCCUCAUCAAAAUACCCCAAACGCGCUUACCGAAAUCCCACCGACGCACUAGUCCGUUUCCUCGACAGCAAACACGGCGAAGACUGGGCAAUAUGGGAAUUCCGAGCAGAAGGAACCGGAUAUCCAGAUUCGGAGGUAUACGACCGUAUUCACCAUUUCCCAUGGCCGGACCAUCAUCCACCGCCGUUUUCGCUCAUACCUGCAAUCAUGGGGAGUAUGCGCAAUUGGUUACAUGGGGAGACACCCGGUGACGAAAAGAGUCCUGAUAAUUCCGGGGAAGAGAAGAAAAUAAAGAAGAAGAGAGUGGCGGUUGUUCAUUGCAAAGCCGGCAAAGGUCGAAGUGGGACGGUGGCGUGUAGUUAUUUGAUCAGUCAGGAAGGCUGGAAGAUGGAAGAUGCUCUUCAACGAUUUACGGAACGAAGGAUGAGAAUUGGAUUUGGGGAGGGUGUUAGUAUACCCAGUCAGCUUCGGUAUGUGCGGUAUGUCAAUAAGUGGGCGAAUGAAAUGGGUAAGGUCUAUGUUGAACGACCUGUGGAGAUUCUAGAAGUUCAUGUUUGGGGGUUGAGGGAUGGUGUCAAGAUUGCUCUUGAGGGAUAUGUUGACGAAGGCAAAAAGAUCAAAUGUUUCCAUCUCUUCAGGAGAAAAGAGCGCAUCGUCGUUGACGACGGCAAGAACGAUUUAGCCCUUUCUCACAACGACUUUAUAGCAAAGGAACGAUUGGAGAAGGGAAAAAAGAAGAGAAAUGCUUCUCCCUCACCUUCAUCAUCAGCAAAUUCAUCAACCAUCAUCCAACAACCACCCAUCGUCUUCACAUCUUCGUCAACAUCCAAGAACGUCGGAGACAAUAACAAAAGAAUAGCAGCCGCCAUCCUCCGUCCCGAAAAACCAGUGAUUCUACCCACUUCCGACGUCAACAUAGACUUUGAACGCCGUAUAAAAGCCGCAUACACAGGCUGGGCAAUGGUUACAUCGAUCGCUCACGUCUGGUUCAACGCCUACUUCGAAGGGGGAGAUAAACACGACUCUGGCAUCUUUGAAUGUGACUGGGACGGUCUUGACGGAAUUAAAGGUAGCACUAGCAAGGGUACUAAGGCCCUAGAACGAGUGAAGAUUGUCUGGCGCUAUGCAUCAAAGGAGCAACUCGCCGCUGAAGGUAAAGAAACUGCUGAGAAACUACCAGAGGAAGUGGUCAUGACGUUACCGAAACCCGGGGAACCGGUUCAUGAAUCCCAUGCUGCGGAUUGGCAUGGAGAGAACGUCGUAAGGGAAGAUGAACGUGAGAUGGAAUUUUCGGAGCAGAAUCCGACUAGUUCACCUGCUCGGCACCAUACCCGAGAAAGGUCUGUCCAUAAACCAGAAGAUGCAGAUGAAAAGGGGGAAAAGAUAAGUGGCGCAACGAACCCCUUCAUCGCACAAGCAUCAGCCACAACAGUUGCAGCAGUGACUUUAGCAAUGAAACGAGUCCGACGAGAACUGGGGCUGCGGAAACAGACCGAUGCCAGUGCUGAGGUGAGUUUGGCGAGUAGUAGUGCAGAAGAUCUGUCGUCGUCGCUACCAAAGCGGCAAGAACAGAAGAGAAAGGAGGAAGGGCAAGAUGGGAAUGAUAGUGAUAGUGAUAUGGAAGGUGUCAAGCCGUAUUUGGAGGGUGAGGGGAAUGGGUCUACGAACACGAAUACGAAUAAGUAGAUGUCUGAAUCAUUUUCUAGUAUCGAGUUUGUCGUUAGAUGAGGUAUAUGAAUACAUCUGAUGAUAAUCUUGG